AUGACUGCGCAGCUUGUCAGCAGCAAGGCUGUAUUCUCGAAGGACCAAAAAACUAUUAUCGCUGGUCUGAUGAUCGUCCUGGGUUUCUCCGUGUACACACACUACCACACGUUCUCGUAUUUCUACCAGAACGCAACGAGCGGUCGAUUUUUCUCGCCCUCUAUUCUUUGCAUUGUUAUGGGCAUGUUUCUUUUUGUCGUCACGCUGUUCGGUUUCUUUGGUAGCUUGAAACGUAGCACGUGUUUGGUCAAUUUGUAUGCACUAAUUUUGUCCUUGAUGCUGAUAGGAAAAUUGGUCGUGGUGAUAUUAGCUUUCACAGUGGACACACAGACAUUAAGAGAUUAUGUCUAUAUACCAAUAUCUGAAUAUACCUCCGAUCCUGAAAUUCAAAUGGAAAUUGACAGAUUACAAGUUUGCCUCAAUUGCUGUGGCAGCAACAGCUAUCUAGACUACGUUGGAAUGAACUUCACGGGUAAUAAUUCCACGGUGGUCGUGUCGACAAUCGUCGAAGGCGACCAAGUUGUAUUAGUGGUCCCAGAGUCCUGUUGCAUCAGUAGAGGGGCGGAAGUCUGUACAACUAUGAGGGCUAACAGCUGCAAGGCGGCGUUGAUAAAUGUGUUCGUGCAGAACUCGAGCGUCAUCGGUGUUUUGGGUGUAUCUGUUAUGUUUAUACAGUUACUGGGUGUCAUAUUUGCGUUAUUGUUAGCGAGAUGCAUCCGUAAAAUGAAAAGUGAGAAAACCUUCAUGUCUUGGAAGAUUAAGGAGCAGGUGAUUUUAGCUCGACAAAACGAAGAAGAACAACAAUAUACGCGCCGCAUGAGUGAACAAAUCACGCGCCAAGCUAAAGAACAUAACGCUGAUAGUGUCUACAUUCCACCUAAUGAGUCUAGUAUCGCAUAAGAUUUAUAGUCAUAUUUUAUUAUUUUAUAUUUACCAUAGAUAUACGAAGUAUAUAUUUUUAAAUUCAGUAUCAAUGAAGUAUAUAUU